GCGCGCGCUCCUCCCUGCGCUCUGUCCCCAGCCCGAGGCGUCGGACAUGCUGAAGCCCGGAGACCCCGGCGGCUCGGCCUUCCUCAAAGUGGACCCAGCCUAUCUGCAGCACUGGCAGCAGCUCUUCCCUCACGGAGGAGGCGGCCCGCUCAAGAGCAGCGGCGCCGCGGGUCCCCUGGGCGCCCCGCAGCCGCUGCAGCCGCCGCCACCACCCCCGGAGCGUACCGAGCCGCCGGCGGACGGCCUGCGGCAGAGGCCCGCCUCCCUGUCCUCAGCCGCGUCCACCCCGGCUUCCUCCUCCACCUCAGCCUCUUCUGCUUCUUCUUGCGCCGCGGCUGCCGCCGCUGCCGCCGCGCUGGCGGGUCUCUCGGCCCUGCCGGUGGCGCAGCUGCCCGUGUUCGCGCCCCUCGCCGCGGCAGCCGUGGCCGCCGAGCCGCUGCCCCCCAAGGACCUGUGCCUCAGCGCUGCCUCUGGCCCGGGGUCCGCCAAGUGCGGCGGCGGCGGGGAUGGCCGGGGCGUCCCGCGCUUCCGUUGUAGCGCGGAGGAGCUGGACUAUUACCUGUACGGCCAGCAGCGCAUGGAGAUCAUCCCGCUCAAUCAGCACACCAGCGACCCCAACAACCGUUGCGACAUGUGCGCGGACAACCGCAACGGCGAGUGCCCCAUGCACGGGCCGCUGCACUCGCUGCGACGGCUGGUGGGCACCAGCAGCGCUGCGGCCGCGGCUCCUCCGCCCGAGCUGCCCGAGUGGCUGCGGGACCUGCCCCGGGAGGUGUGCCUGUGCACCAGCACCGUGCCCGGCCUGGCCUACGGCAUCUGCGCGGCGCAGAGGAUCCAACAGGGCACCUGGAUCGGGCCCUUCCAGGGAGUGCUCUUGCCCCCGGAGAAGGUGCAGACGGGCGCGGUGAGGAACACGCAGCACCUCUGGGAGAUAUAUGACCAAGAUGGGACACUACAGCACUUUAUUGAUGGUGGGGAGCCUAGUAAGUCGAGCUGGAUGAGGUAUAUCCGAUGUGCAAGGCACUGCGGAGAACAGAAUCUAACAGUAGUUCAGUACAGGUCGAAUAUAUUCUACCGAGCCUGUAUAGAUAUUCCCAGGGGCACCGAGCUUCUGGUGUGGUACAAUGACAGCUAUACGUCUUUCUUUGGGAUACCCUUACAAUGCAUUGCCCAGGAUGAAAACUUAAACGUCCCUUCAACCGUAAUGGAAGUCAUGUGUCGACAGGAUGCCCUGCAGCCCUUCAGCAAGAGCAACAAACUCUCCCCGGCCACCCAGCAGCGCUCUGUCGUCUUCCCCCAGACACCCUGCAGCAGGAACUUCUCUCUGCUGGAUAAGUCUGGGCCCAUUGAGUCAGGAUUUAACCAAAUUAACGUGAAAAACCAGCGAGUCCUCGCCAGCCCCACCUCCACCAGCCAGCUCCACUCCGAGUUCAGUGACUGGCAUCUCUGGAAAUGCGGGCAGUGCUUUAAGACUUUCACCCAGCGGAUCCUCCUCCAGAUGCACGUGUGCACGCAGAACCCCGACAGACCCUACCAAUGCGGCCACUGCUCCCAGUCCUUUUCCCAACCUUCAGAGCUGAGGAACCACGUGGUCACUCACUCCAGUGACCGGCCUUUCAAGUGUGGCUACUGCGGGCGUGCCUUUGCUGGGGCUACCACCCUCAACAACCACAUUCGAACCCACACUGGAGAAAAGCCCUUCAAGUGCGAGAGGUGUGAGAGGAGCUUCACGCAGGCCACCCAGCUGAGCCGACACCAGAGGAUGCCGAAUGAGUGCAAGCCAAUAACCGAGAGCCCAGAAUCAAUCGAAGUGGAUUAACUGAUUGACUGGUUGGAAUUAAACUGCAAGGAAAGUCAUGAUUAAAUGUCACGGACAUUUAAGCAAAACCAAAGAUUUCCUCUGAGCAACUUUCAAUCAGUCCCAGAAAACCAAAAGCAGUAAUAAAAUAAGUAAGAUGUUAAGAGAUAUUGAUCCUGGCGUGGAAGUCAAACCAGGAAAGAGAUUAUUUAUUUAUGACUAGGGAAGAGACUGAUCUUGUGGACAACUAGCCUAGGAUGGCUAACACUUCCAAUCCCACCCAUGUAUUUGCUUUGUCUCUAAAAAGCUUUUUUAAAUUCUUAUUUAAUACCAAAGGGAGGAAUUGAGUGGGUUCUUCUGCCCACAGUUGUGACUAAGAACACGCAGGGACUUGGUUCUCGUUGCACCUUUUUUUCAUAGCAUGUUUCAAGGGGACCUAUAUGUACAGCCUUCUUCCUGCCGUGUUGGUUUCGCCUGGCCACCGUGGGCUGCUCCAGUGGGGACCGGGGACCGUGGAAGCAGAAGCUAGAGCCUGGCUCAGGCAGUGCCAUCUGCAGCCCUAGAGAUCCUUGUGGUCUCACUUUUCGUGCACUUUCACGCAGCUCCUUCCAUCCACCAGCCUGAUCUCCAUGAAGGAAAGCCGGGAAGAGGAAGAAGAAGACAGUUUGAGUUUCCAAAUGCAAAGGAGAAAGUGGGGGACUUCCUUUCUCCGUCAGGAUUUCAAAAACAUGUAAAAUGUACGGAGCUUCAUAAUACAGUAUAUUGUUCUGAAGCAGCUAGUUGAGAAAAUUUUUGUUUUCAAUACCAUUUUAGCUUAAAAAUGAAAACAGAAAUAAAGUUCUUUGGUCUGAGGCUG